CAAAACUCAAGGUCUGUUAGUGAUGAUGAUAAUCCUAAUUUAGAGCAAAAUUCAGAUGCCAUUGGCAAUUCUAAAGAUAGUUCUAACGUUAAGCAAGAUUUAAAUUCUACUCCUGGCAAUGAUGCUUCGAAGCAAAACUCAAGGUCUGUUAGUGAUGAUGAUAAUCUUAAUUCAGAGCAAAAUUCAGAUGCCAUUGGCAAUUCUAAAGAUAGUUCUAACGACAAACAAGACUUAAAUUCUACUCUUUGCAAUGAUGCUUCUAAGCAAAACUCAAGGUCUGUUAGUGAUGAUGAUAAUCCUAAUUCAGAGCAAAAUUCAGAUGCCAAUGGCAAUUCUAAAGAUAGUUCUAACGGUAUGCAAGAUUUAAAUUCUACUCCUGGUCCUGGCAAUGAUGCUUCUAAGCAAAACUCAAGGUCUGUUAGUGAUGAUGAUAAGCCUACCAGUGACAACGAUAAUCUUAACGUCAAAGAAGAUCAUGAUAAUAUAAGUUCUACCCUUAGCAUCAAUACCUUUAAUACCGCGCAAAAUUCAAAGUCUAUCGUUAAGCAAGAUCAAGGUUCUACCACUGUCAACGGAGGUAGUUUCCAAGAUACACAAAAUUCGACUUAUAAUACUAAGCAAAGUUCAAGGUUCACUAGUAACAACGAUAAUUUUAACACCAAAGAAGAUCAAGAUUCUAUUAAUUCGAGGUUCGACAACAAUAUCUCUAAUACUACGCUAAAUUCAAGGUCUAUUAGUGAUAAUAGUCCUACUCCUAAUACUAAGCAAAUCUUGAGAUUUACUAAUGACAACAAUGAUCCUUACACCAAGCAAGAUCAAGCUUCUAUUAUUACCAACAAUGAUUCAAACAAUAGUUUCAAACAUACGCAUAAUUUAAGUUCUAUUCUUGACAAUGAUGCUUCCAAUGAUAAGCAAGUUAGCGAUGAUUUGAAAGUAGAAAAAAUUAAAUCGAUUCGUUCAUCAAAAACUAUUAGCAUUUUAGUUGCUGUCAUUGCUAUUAUUUUCGGAUUUGCAUAUUACUAUGAACCUGUUGACUCGCCUAUAUUUAGAGACCUUAUAAACACCACUAAUUUGCUUUCUGGACAACUUGCUGAGCUUAAUACACCAGCAUCCUCCGUGAUAAUGGGAUAUCGAGUAACGAGUAAAAAUCUCGCUGACAUUAUAAACCGGAAUAAAUUAUCUUCUAAAAAUUCUGAUAACGUAGCACAUUACCUCAAUCAGCUUGGGGAUAAAAUAAGUAACUCGGGAGAGGCCAUCGAAAAAAUGUAUUCCACUGGUAAUCAUGCUCUUAAAAAGCUUUCAUCAGAACUGAGAUCCAUCGACGACGAAAUUUCCCAGGAACAAGUUAUUACAAGGCAGGAUGCAAUAUACUUUGCUGAACGUUACGGAAAGAUUUUAAAUACAAUCACAAAGUUGCGAGAUGAAUUCCGAAUAACUUUAAAUGAACUUGAUGAUCUUUAUGAUUUAUAUAUUGGGAUGCACCACCAACUUGCAAAUGGAAUGAAAGAUGUAGAACUUUUUUUUGACGAAGUUACACCAGAGUUGGAAAAGAUCUAUAAUAUAGGAAAAUUAAAACGAAAUCUCAAUUAUUUAAAACAAAUUAUGAAGAAAGUUCCUGACAUUCGGGAUCGUAUUAAUAAUCUUUUAUUUGAAUUCAAUAAACAAAGAAGGGUAUUAAUUGAGUAUCGCGAAGAAUGGAUUAGAUUUCGGAGACGAAAACUAGUUUCUUUUGAAGAUACUGAGAGAUUGAAGGAGAUGAUUCAGAAAUUAACUUAUGUAAUUAAAAUCUUUGCAAAGAAAGAUUUAGAAAAUACUGAAAAACGCAUUUACAUAUAA